ACCAUGAUCAGCCUAUGAGGAUGGCACUAUCAGGAGGGUUGCUUGCCUAAACCCCAGACUGAGGGUGUUACUUGUGAUAGCUCUGGGUUUUUUGCGUAAAUUCUGAUUGGAGACAUUGUCCUCAGUGGACCCACCUGGAAAGACUGCAAAGAGAACUGGACAAUUCCUCCCUCACCUGUGAGUUCUCUGGGAAGCAGAUGAGAUUUUAUUCUGCUGGUUCACUCCUACGAAAAGCUAUCCAAACCUGAGAUCUACCAGCUUUGAACCUCCACUCUCUAAAGCGCACGGCUCCUACAGUAAAUUGAAAGAGUGAAUCAAACAAGUUUCAGGGGACUGGAAGAAGAAUGCUCCGAGGCCGAUCCCUAUCGGUGACAUCCCUGAGUGGGCUUCCCCAGUGGGAAGUUGAAGAACUUCCCGUGGAAGAUUUGCUUCUCUUUGAAGUUGCUUGGGAAGUGACCAAUAAAGUUGGUGGCAUCUAUACUGUGAUUCAGACAAAGGCCAGAACAACAGCAGAUGAAUGGGGAGACAAUUACUUUCUGAUUGGUCCAUAUUUUGAGCAAAAUAUGAAGACUCAGGUGGAAAAGUGUGAACCUACAAAUGACGCUGUUAGAAGAGCAGUGGACAUAAUGAAUCAACAUGGCUGCCAGGUACAUUUUGGAAGAUGGCUGAUAGAGGGGAGUCCUUACGUGGUGCUCUUUGACAUAGGGUUUUCAGCUUGGAAAUUGGACAGGUGGAAGGGUGACCUCUGGGAAGCGUGCAGUGUCGGCAUGCCUUAUCAUGACCGAGAAGCCAACGACAUGUUGAUAUUUGGAUCUUUAACAGCCUGGUUCUUAAAAGAGGUGACAGACCAUGCAGACGGUAAACACGUCAUUACCCAAUUCCACGAAUGGCAGGCUGGAACCGGACUGAUCCUUUCUCGAGCCCGGAAACUUCCUAUCGCUACAAUUUUUACCACUCACGCCACACUGCUUGGGAGGUAUCUCUGCGCCGCAAACAUUGAUUUCUACAACCAUCUUGAUUCGAGGUAUGAGUUUUCAAACAAAGGAGCUGACAUCUUCCUGGAGUCCUUAUCCAGGCUCAAUUUCCUGCUAAGGAUGCAUAAAAGUGACGUCACAGUGGUGGUGUUUUUCAUUAUGCCUGCCAAGACAAACAAUUUCAAUGUGGAAACCCUGAAAGGCCAGGCAGUGCGAAAGCAGCUAUGGGACAUUGCACAUUCUGUGAAGGAAAAGUUUGGAAAGAAACUCUAUGAUGCCUUAUUAAGAGGAGAAAUUCCUGAUAUGAACAAUAUUUUGGAUCGAGAUGAUCUAACAAUAAUGAAAAGAGCCAUCUUUUCAACUCAGCGACAGUCUUUGCCUCCAGUGACCACUCACAACAUGAUAGAAGACUCCACUGACCCCAUCCUCAGCACCAUUAGACGGAUUGGACUUUUCAACAGCCGCACAGAUAGAGUUAAGGUGAUUUUGCACCCAGAGUUCCUAUCCUCCACCAGCCCCUUGUUACCCAUGGAUUAUGAAGAGUUCGUCCGAGGUUGUCACCUUGGAGUAUUUCCGUCAUACUAUGAGCCAUGGGGUUAUACUCCAGCCGAGUGCACUGUGAUGGGUAUCCCCAGUGUGACAACCAACCUCUCCGGCUUUGGCUGUUUCAUGCAGGAGCAUGUGGCUGAUCCUACUGCCUACGGGAUUUACAUUGUUGACAGGCGGUUCCGCUCUCCAGAUGAUUCUUGCAACCAGCUGACUAAGUUUCUCUAUGGAUUUUGCAAACAGUCACGUCGCCAAAGAAUUAUCCAGAGGAACCGAACUGAGAGGCUCUCAGAUCUUCUGGACUGGAGAUACUUAGGCAGAUAUUACCAGCAUGCCAGGCACCUGACAUUAAGCAGAGCAUUUCCAGAUAAAUUCCAUGUGGAAUCCACAUCACCACCAACAACAGAGGGAUUUAAAUACCCCAGGCCUUCCUCAGUACCACCUUCUCCUACAGGGUCUCAGGUGUCCAGUCCUCAGAGCAGUGAUGUGGAAGACGAAGAUGAAGACGAGAGAUACAAUGAGGAAGAGGAGGCGGAAAGGGAUCGGUUAAAUAUCAAGUCACCAUUUUCUCUGGGCCAUGUCCCUCAUGGGAAGAAAAAGCUGCAUGGUGAAUAUAAGAACUGAAUUCCCCCCUGGUGGGACAGAGCUCAUUUAGUGAGAGCACAGUAAGAAUGGUUAUUAAAACCAUGGCAAUGCCACCAGUUUCAUUUCCUUCUUCUAAGAAUCACAGUGGGAUUUAUUCCCUGCCUAAAAGGUGGAGAUGACGUGAAUAGCGAUUUUAUCAUUUAAAAUAAAAGCCAAGCUAUUUUCUUAAACUCCUUUCCCUCCAGUAAAUUUAGACACGAGGAAGAGGGUUAAUUAAAGGACAGGGACUGGAAGUGUUUUUUAAAUGGUUAAUU